AUGACCACGGGGGAGACGCGACCGUUGCUAGAAACAAACAAUGGCCAGACUGAUAGCCAGCUUGCCACUUCCACAGAUAUAACCGAUGGAUUCCCAGACAGCCUUCCGGGGCCAAAUCCCGGGAAAAACCUCAGCUGGUCCAGCGCAUACAUCCUAGUCGUAUCUCGCGUCAUUGGAAGCGGCAUCUUCGCAACUCCAGGAUCCAUCGUCAAAUCGACAGGAAGUGUCGGCCUCACUCUUUUGGUAUGGAUUGCCGGAACCAUUUUAGCCGCAUGUGGGCUCUCCAUCUCGAUGGAAUUUGGAUGCAUGCUUCCUCGCUCGGGAGGGGACAAGGUGUACCUGGAGUAUACCUAUCCCCGACCGAGAUUUCUCGCUUCAACUUUAAUUGCCGUGCAAGCUGUUGUGCUAGGAUUCACUGCAAGUAACUGCAUUAUCUUCGCAAAGUAUACACUCUUCGCUUUGAAAGUUGAGCCGACCGAUCUUCAGCACAAAGCACUUGCUGUCGGCCUAUUAACCAUUAUCACUAUCAUCCAUGGAUGCUUUCUGCGUACGGGCAUUGCGAUUCAAAAUGCGCUUGGCUGGGUCAAGAUCUUUCUAAUAGGGGCCAUGUCACUGACUGGAUUGUGGGUUCUUCUGCUCCAAUUCUUUGGGAGCUCACAUCAGGUUACACCAGGAUACAUGCAUAACGACUUUGCAUCCUGGAAUUCAAUAUGGGAGGGCUCUAAUUGGAGUUGGAGUCUGCUUUCGACGGCUCUGUUUAAAGUCUUCUAUUCUUAUGCAGGACUGAGCAACAUCAAUAAUGUUCUCGGCGAGGUACAUAACCCUAUCCACACGAUUAAAACUGUAUGCCCAUCUGCCCUCCUCACAGCCGGCGGCCUCUACCUCCUGGCCAACGCAUCCUACCUCCUGGUCAUACCAUUUGAGGAAAUCAAAAGCAGCGGCGAACUCGUCGGCGCGCUCCUCUUUGAGCGAUUAUUCGGCGAUAGUGUCGGAAGGGUACUGUUCCCUCUUGCAAUUGCUAUAUCCGCAGCCGGGAAUGUGAUGGUGGUGACUUUUGCAUUGGCUCGCGUCAAUCAAGAGAUAGCUCGUCAAGGCUUUCUACCAUGGCAGAAGGUUAUUUCAUCUUCACGGCCUUUCAACACGCCUCUCGGAGGCCUGAUUGUUCAUUACGUGCCAUCGCUGUUGGUCAUUGCCCUUCCGCCACAACAAGAUGUCUACAAUUUCAUCCUAGAUGUGGAAGGAUAUCCCGGUCAGCUCUUCGCGCUAGCGAUAACGGUUGGCCUUUUGAUUUUGCGAUACAGAGAACCUAAUCGACCUCGGCCCUUUAAAGCAUGGCUUCCUGCUGUUUGGUUGCGUGUGAUUGUUUGUUUGGUGCUGUUGGCUGCGCCCUUUGUGCCGCCUCCGAAUUGGCAGGGUGAUGUUGAUUUCUUUUAUGCGACGUAUGCCAUUGUUGGUAUCAGUGUGAUUCUUUUUGCGGUGGUCUAUUGGUAUGUGUGGACUGUGCUUUUGCCUCGGUGGGGAGGAUAUAAAUUGGAAGAGUCGGUGGAGGUUUUGGAUGAUGGGACUAGUAUCACCAAACUGGAGAGAGAUUAUUAUGCUUCGGGAUGA